CGAUACUUUGGCGUAUCCUCCUCGGAGUUUCAGUGCGGGGGAGCUCGGCGAUGUUGGACGGUUGGGAAAAGUAACUCGCCCCAAGGGACUCCAGAGUCCUCCAAGACGACAAGCGAGGAGAUGAUCGCGGGAGCCGCACGGGCUGUCUCAGCCGCAAAAUAAGACCAUAAAUCUUUUCUUCUUUCCCCGCUGAAGAGGAAAAAGCUCUGCUCGGCUCUAGAAUACAGAGAAGCAAAGACAGAAGUGCCUUAAAGGAGAGAGUGAAAGAGAAGAGUAACGUUGCGCAAAUUUGCAUCGAAGUAGAAAUGAGUCCAUUAAAGAAACAACGGGGGCGAUCUCCUUUGUCGUCCCGAGGCCGAGGGGGGCGAAGGCGAGCGGGCGCUAAGCCUCCUAUUGAGAAGGACCCAAAACGAAUAAAGCGGGAGUCACCCGGCAAAACAACACAGAGCACACCCAGCACUUUCUCCAAGCAGAGCCCACAUGCAGCAACCGACCUUCACAAGGAACUGACAACAGACAACAAUGCCUCCAGGAGGGGAGAGUGGACCGAGCCAAGGAAAGCGGUCGAGUCCGCCGAUAAAGAUGCGGUAACAGAUGUGACGGCGUGCCGAAGCACGUCCAUAGACUCUGUAGCAUCCCCUACCUCCCCUGCCACGCCGCAAAGCACGGCCACACCGCCCCUGGCUUUCAACCACAAUCCCAGCCCGGCCUCGGUGUCUAGCAGAAAAACAGCCACAUUUAAGGCUCGCGUUCCCAAAAAGAAAUACACGUAUGAGCACUUUGCCAACAACGCCACUCCUCCCACCAUCCUUCCUACCUCCAGCCCUGCACCCACAGGCCACACUUUCUGUAACAGCAACAGCAAAAUCGGUGACAGUGUAAAUCUGACUCUGAAUAAUCUGCGGAACUGCAACAAUGUUACUCAUACAAUUAACAAAAAAACAGAUGCUACUAUAAACACUAUAAAAAAUAACACUAGCAUGGCCAAUAUCAGUGUAAAUAGCAAAACUAAUGCAUACUCAGGUAAUCAGUCAUCAGUACAAUAUGUGACCAGUAAAGCCACAGAACAUAAUGGGGCUCUCAGGACUGUAGCCACCAUAGAAAAAGAGUCCCAGGUGGGGGAGAAUGAACCACAGGGGACCCCCAACUCAGUGCACUCUUCCUCCACUGACACAGCCAGUGAGCACUCAGCUGAUCUGGAUGUGAUAGAUGCAAACGGACCAAGCAAUCGAAAGACCCCCGCCCCUUCGCCGAACUUGCUGCCCAAGGGAGUUAGUGACACAGGCGGGCUUGCUGAAGCACUUGCUAAGGGUUUGAAAAACCAGAGAGUGUUGGCUCGCCAGAUAAGGAGCUCCAUGGAGAGCAGUGUCAGCACUACAGUGCAAGGCGGGUUCAGGACAAGCAAGUCUUAUCCCCUGUCGCCGGUGUUCAGACCUGGUGUGGUGAGGGGGGUCAGUGGGGGUACUGUUGAAGUUCAACUCCAAGGAAAGGACACAAUCGUUAAAUAUCCUUUUAAUGGUGGAGCAAUGAUGACACCGUCAGGAUCUGGGGUCAUUGUAGAGUUAGUUUUAGAUGCUCCCCCACCCGGCAUGUCCCCUGUAGCGGUUAGUACCAAAGUAUGUGUACCCUUUGGUGGAGAGGAGGGGGGGCCUUUGCUGUACAGAGAGGGAGUUGUCUCUCAGGUGGACCCCCACCCCGGCGUUUCGUUCCCCUACCAGGUGGUCCUGAUUGAAGAUGGAGCGACCGUGGGCAUUGACACUGGCCUUCAGGAGGGAGGAAAAAGUAAACCUCAAACCGUAUGGGUUUCCCGACAGAGUCUGAGACUGCUCACCCCUCCUUGGGAUGUCCCGCAAUUUGAGGGUGAGGGCACGCGGGAGAGACAGCGGGACAGGGAAAGAGAAGAAAGAGAAUGGAGGGAGGAGAUGGAGGUGGAGAGAGAGGUUUGCCAGUUGAGUAGUGGAAUGGGUGUACUGGGAGGGGGAGCAAGGCUGAGCCAUGGCUUAUCUCAUCAAGGGGUUGCCACGGGGCAUCCCUAUGGAAACGUACAUCCGCCUCCUCAUACCUCCACUGUUACAUCUAGUGGAGGGGCCACCACGGUCUACUCAGACAGAGAGAAACAGAAACAAGUCAACAUCCCAGAAGAAGAUGUUGAGGUAUCUCGUUUGAACAUGUCAGGACCACCCAAAAAGAACUCGACUAUGUCACAGCACAGAAAUAUAAUUUCCAAGUCCAGUAACUACCACCCAUCCUCACCUCACCUCUCUGUGGUGAGAGGUCUGGGCUCCCCCCAUUUCUCCACACUAGCAAGCCCCCAACCUCCUCCUUCACCUGCCUUACUCAGUUCCGAAAUGAACAGCACUCCACCAAAUCUACCUCCAACAAAGAUCACUCCCGCUCAGACCCAGACACAGUUUUCCAUGGGGGGGACUUCGUCUACCUCUUCUCGCUCCAGAACGCCCCUCUCGUUAGCUCAGCAAAAAUACAAGAAGGGUGACGUUGUGUGCACCCAGAACGGUAUCCGUAAAAAGUUCAACGGCAAGCAGUGGAGGAGGCUGUGCUCUAAGGAAGGCUGCAUGAAGGAGUCUCAGCGACGUGGCUAUUGCUCCAGACACCUUUCCAUGAGGACCAAGGAGCUGGAGGUUGCUGGAGGAGGGGAGAGGACUGGAGGGGGGAGCAGCUCAGGGACAGUGACACCAUCUGACCUGCGGGGCAGAACAAGCAGUGAGUUUGAAUGGGAUGAUACGUCGAGGGAGAGUAGUGAAACAAGUAGCAGGGGAGACUCCAGACCACGCUUGCUCCUCCCCUCCAUCCUCCCCCAUGACCUGUCGGCGCGCUUCGACUUCGACGAGUGUGAGGCGGCUACUAUGCUGGUGUCGCUAGGCAGCUCCCGGUCUGGUACGCCGUCCUUUUCUCCCAUCUCCAAUCAGUCCCCCUUCUCCCCUGCCCCCUCUCCAUCACCUUCCCCACAGUUUGGCUUCAGGCCAGCAAACUUCUCCCCAAUUACCGCCUCCCCGGUUCUUCAACACCGGCGGCACAGGCAGCCAAGCGGCACAGGGGUAGGAGGGGGAGGGGGCAGCAAGUCAACGACCCCAGCCGGGGGAGGAGAGCGGGAGAGACACACUUCAGGCAUUCAGCCGUCAUUCCACAGCAACCUGACGUUUACGGUCCCGAUGAGCCCCAGUAAAAGAAAACCAGACGCACCCCCUCCACCGCACCUCCCUCUGCCCCUGCACCACCACAAUUACACACCUAAGACAGAGCUGCAGCAGAGCGAUCUCAACAACUCUUUCAGGGUACUGUCCCCGCAGACACCAGCGGCGCAUUCCCACACACCCACCAUCUCGCGGCUGAGGGUAGCCACCACCCCCUCCUUGAGCAGGUCCCCGUCCUCCACAGCAGCCUCCCCUCCUCCUCUGUUAGUUUCCCCGACACCGCCGUCCCCUCUGACCCCCGAUGGAGGACCUCAUCGCGUGGUCCCUGUGUCCCAACAAAGCUUGCGUGACUCUCCCGUCAUUGUGAGGAAUCCUGACGUUCCGCUGACAAAAUUCAUUGAGUGUCCCUUAGGAAAAGCAAGUGAAAAAGAAGGAGUGGUUGAACCUCCUCUAACUAAAGAUAACGGCAUAACCACCUUCACACCCCAACCAAUUUCUGGCCUCCAGGUUCCCGUACCCAUCAACGCUGCAGCAGCCACAAUCCCCAAUGGGACCGUCCUUUUGCGUAGUCCAGCACCAACUUUGCUAUUCGUGUCCCCGUCGCCGUCCUCUCUACCCACCGCCGACACCCCCACCAUUGCCCCCCUGCAGGCCAUCUCGGUCAGCGACAGCACAACCGCCACAACCCCCAUUCCAUGCAGCCUGGACAGUUCCGGGGGAAGAGUGGAGAACCGGGGCUUUGAGGGCGGGGUGCAGCAGCCGGUGCCCUGCCACCCCUCCCCAACGGCGCUCCUGCCCCUCAUCCUACCUGUGGAGAGCCUUCAUCCCGCACCGCGAAAGGACAUCAUCAUGGGACGGCCUGGCACAGUUUGGACCAACGUGGAGCCUCGGUCCGUUCCAGUUUUCCCCUGGCAUUCUUUAGUACCCUUCCUGGCACCCACCCAAUCAGACCCCACCUCGCAACCAGGGGAGGGCCAGCACCCUGUCAAUCAUCCCCAUUCAGCUCCUUCAAAGACAGACUGUCAGACGGGUGUGGGGCCACCUCCUGAGCCUGCUCAGCCCCCUCAGACUUUGGAGAGGGGUCCCCUGACUCGGCACGCAACUGCACCUGAGGAGCCAGAGAAGGAGAAAGUGGAGGCGGAGAGGGAGAGGCCUGACAGUGAGACGGAGAGUGAUGUGGACGACCCUUUCCUCCCUGGGGUUGUGCCAGAGCAGCCCCUCUCUUCGUCACCUGUUAAGCGACGCACCCAGUCCCUCAGUGCACUGCCUAAAGAUGGGGACAAAAGCAGCCCUGGAAAGCGGGAAAAGGACCACAUCCGGCGACCAAUGAACGCCUUCAUGAUUUUCAGCAAGCGCCAUCGAGCGUUGGUGCACCAGCGCCACCCCAACCAGGACAACAGGACUGUCAGCAAGAUCCUGGGCGAAUGGUGGUAUGCCCUCGGACCUAAAGAGAAACAGAAGUACCAUGACUUGGCCUUCCAGGUAAAAGAGGCCCACUUUAAGGCCCACCCUGACUGGAAGUGGUGCAACAAAGACAGGAAGAAGUCGAGCUCUGAAGGACGCGGCGUCCCUGGGGGCAAAGAUAUCCGUGAGAGGAGCAUGUCUGAGUCCACAGAGCCACAUUCUGUGGAAAUGAAGGGAGUGGUGGGUCCGUGUCUGGCGGGCAUGGCCGAGAGAAGUCAGACAGCGGAGGGACAUAUGAGCCAGCUUACACGUCCCAGAGCCUUCUCGCAAAGUGCCGUGCACAGCAUUGAGAGAGGCGACAGGGGCAAUACACAAGCCCUGGUGGAACUGGCACAGAUGUGUGGAGAUGGAGGCAACCAGUUUUCCAACCAUGCUCCAUCCCUGUCACAGUCCCAACGGGGGGUCAGCGAGGACAUGACCAGUGACGAGGAGCGCAUGGUCAUUUGUGAGGAGGAGGGUGACGAUGAUGUCAUUGAGGACCCUUAUCCGACCAGCUCUAUUGACCUCAAGUGCAAGGAACGAGUGACCGACAGUGACAGCGAGAGAGGUUCUGGCGACGAGAGCGCUCAAAAGCGAGUCUUCGCUCCUGUCAUCUGCUCUACGGCAUCCUCAUCAUCCUUGCAUCACGGGAGGAGCGUGUCCCUGUCCUCUUAUCCGGCCGGCAAGCGCUUCGACGAAGGGCGAUCAGGGGUUUUUUCUGACCCCAGGAAGAGGGGAGAGGCCGAUAUCAAGGACACUUUUGGGGGUGAGGUGGAAGUGGUGCACGCCUCCCCUCUCUCCCUCUCCUCUGGCCAGUCAGUUAUUUCGUCAUCACCUUCGCACCUCGGCAUCGGCACCGUGCGAGUGGCGUCCACUGUUUUGACCAACGUGAUGCGCCCCGUCAUCAGCACGCCGCUCCCCAUCGUCAGCAAACCCAGAGAUGGCGGCGCCUCGUCCAGUCCUCACCCGCCCGAGAGGAAGCCCGUGACCCUUCAGCAGCCGCAACUUUUGAUUGGCCCAGGACCAGUAUGCAGUGCUUCGGCCACCCCCAGUGGCUACUCCUCCUCGUCAUCGCCCAGCCCCGUAGGUGCCGGGGUGGUAACUAAUUUAGUGCUAGGGGGCGCUCUCUCUGGGCAGCCUGCCGUACAGCUCAUUACCCCGUCCCCGCAAUCUCAGCCCCCCUCUUCCAAUAGCCACUCCAAUGGACCUCUGCCCCUGCUCCAACCCCAAUUCCUUCCCACUUCGACCCUAGCGCCCCCAGGGGGUAAGGCCAUUACACAGGUCCAAUACAUACUCCCCACCCUCCCGGCCAACCCCAAGAGCCCGCCUCAGCACCUUUGCCAGCCAACCAGUAUCUUCAACCUGCCUGCAGCUCCACCCACACACACGCCCUUGGCCAAUGGGAAGCAGCAGGGUCAUAGUUCACUCGUGUGUUAUUCGUCCAGCCCAGGAACAAGAGUGCAAACACAGUCUCCGGUGCUCCAGGGUAAAAUGGUGCUCCCCAUGGCAAUGGUACGCACUGCGCCAGCUCCCACCCAGCAGUUUCCCAUCGUGGCCCCGCCUCUUCCUGUCCAGAAUGGCACUCAGGCAGCAAGCAAGAUCAUCCAGAUUGCACCCAUGCCUGUGGUCCAGUCGCAGCUGCCUCAAGGAGGGGCGGUCAAUCCCACUAGCCCCUUUCCCGUGACAAUGGCCACCGCUGCCGUUGUGGCUCCAGGAUCCACGGGUCCCUCACAGGCUGUUCUGCUGCCGCCUCCGACCACUAGGAUCACCUACAUGCAGUCCACUUCCGGGGUGCCAUCCUCUGUGCCAAUGGUGUCGACUCCAGCGGGGUCCUCGUCCUCCUGCCCCUCUCAGCAAGCACUACCUCUGCCCGGCUCCGCAUACGUGCCACCUUCCCUUGCCACCCUCGGCUUCACAACCAUCCCGCCGCCUAGCCAGACGCUGGUUCAGCCACUGAUCGCCGGUCAACCGCCUAUCCUGGCCACAGCUCCAUCUCCACAGCCCCCCAGCUCCAUCCCCGUCUGCGGUUCCGGCGGCCAGGUCGUCACCGCCAUCUACCCCGCUUCACAGAGCAUCACCAUGGCAACUGGGGUGGUCUCCAUGGCGCCCGUCUCCUGCCCCUCCAGUGCUUCCGGCCACAUCGUGGCCAAACACGCGGCGCCCCCCGCCGUCGCGGUCGCGCAGCCACAUCCAGAGCGCCACCUGCCUGGAGACAGAGCUGCUGACAGGCAGGCAGAGAGGCAGACGGAGGUGUUGAUGCAGUCCGAGCGCCAGGCACAGAGCUCCAUAAGUGGCAGUACAGCUGCUCGUCCCAGUGGGCCCGCUGUGACUGCAAGGCCCUGCAGUCCUGCGCUUCAAAUCCAAACACCCGUCAGCACACCCGGCACACUCAAGCUCAGCCAGAUCCCAAGCAGGCCGCCCCAAAAGGUGAAAGCUACGCUGGCCAGCAUCCCGGUCGGCAGCUACGAGGGGGGAGGUCGCGGACCCACAACGGCAUCUCCCGUUUCGCAUUCGGCAGAGGACCCUGCGUCGUGUGACGGCACUGCAGAAACGACCAGAGAGGCUGGAUGGAAGGAAUCCCUCCCUUCCUCUCCUCUGCCGCCCCCAUUAGCCACAGAGCCCACCCUGCCGCCCCCCCACACCGACAAAGAUGAGCCGGCGCCAAAGAAGAUCAAAGUCCGCCCGCCGCUGAAGAAGACGUUUGACUCUGUGGAUAAGGUCCUGUCGGAGGUCUACUUUGAGGAACGCUUCGCCGAACUGCCCGAGUUUCGGCCCGAGGAGGUGCUGCCGUCGCCCACGCUGCAGAGCCUCGCCACGUCGCCCCGCGCAAUUCUGGGCAGCUAUCGACGCAAGAGGAAGAAUUCCACAGACUUGGACUCGGCCACUGACGAUCAAGUCUCUCCAAAGAGGAAGAGUCGUCGGCGCUCCAGCUGCAGUUCUGAGCCCAACACCCCCAAAAGUGCCGCCAAGUGCGAGGGGGACAUAUUCACCUUCGACCGACCAGGCACGGAUGGCGAGGACAUCCUGGCCGAGCUGGAAUUCGACAAAGUGCCGUACUCGUCCCUGCGUCGGACGCUGGACCAGAGGCGAGCGCUGGUGAUGCAGCUGUUCCAGGAGCAGCAGGGCUUCUUUCCAUCAGCGCAAGCCACAGCAGCCUUCCAGACCCGGUACUCGGACAUAUUCCCCACCAAGGUGUGUCUGCAGCUCAAGAUCAGGGAGGUCCGGCAGAAAAUCAUGCAGACGGCCACCCCGGCCGACGCCGCCUCUCUCCCCGUCCCCGCCGACUCGUUGCCCGGACCGUCCGGCGCCCAGUCGGCGGACGGGCCCGGAAAAGAGGACGAGGACACUGAACCCGGGACCGAGGAGGAUCCCGGUGAGUCGCAGGACUCUUCCAGAUGAGAACUUUUUGCCACAAUGUGGACUUGUAUUUCCAUCUCUCUGAGAUGUCCAUUUAGAACAAGAGAACCCCAAAAAAAAAAAAAAAAAAGACAAAAUAAAGUUGGAGAAUUCUUGACACCUGCGUAAAGGUUACAGAACGUCACAUUCUCCGGAACUCUCGCACGGAUGUUGGGAAAGACCAAAUGUGUUCAUCGGCUUUAAAAAGACAACAACUUUUCUUCAUUUUGUUUUGAAUAAUGUCAAAGAGGCAAAUCCAUCAGAAUUUUUUUUUUCCCUGGAUGUGGAAUCACAAUUAGCUGACAUUCUGGGGGGCUGGGACCCUCAAAGACCCCAAUCCAACAGACCCCAGUGGUCUUUUGUUUUUUUUCUUGCCAUUUCGUGACCGACAGAACACUUCAGGACCGUUCUUAAAAAAAAAAAAAAAAAAAGACUGGAGGAUUGAAAGUGAGUGAACUUCUGGCUGUGCCAUCAUUCUCGCUCGUCCCCGCAUCGAAGUUAGAAGGAAGCAAACAUUCCCGUGCCUCGAAUUGGUUUACGCAUGAAGGAAGGAAGGAAGGUCGGUCGAUGGCGGCCAUUUUACUCUAUUACUUUUCUUUUUGCCAACGGUUUACUUUUAUGGACUUUAAGGAUUUUAAAUUUCAGUAUUGUGACUUUUUAUUAAACCUCACUGCUCUUCCUUUGGAGGCAUGUACUGUUCCUUUUCUCUGUGCUAUGUAUUCCUUUUUUUUUUUUUUUUUUUAACAUUUCUAGACCCGCCUCAACACUCGCUCUCCUUCUAUCCCUUCCUUUUUCUGCCUUUUCUCACUUUAUGCCUCUCCUCUCACCAUCAAAAACUGUUGGGACAGAAUAAUUGAGCUUUGUGCAAAAAAUUGUCAGUUAAAUACAGUAAGCGUCUACAGAACAAAAAAACAAUUACAGUAUAUGGCUUGUUUUUGUGUUCAUGUUUGGCUGUUCCAGUAUCCAAGAGACAAAUUUCUAUGAAUAAUUUAAGUUUGUAUCUGUAAAGAAUUUGUAUCAGUAUGCCAAUAAAGU